CUGGCUUCGUAAUCGUUUCCCGUCAUCCUCCGGGCGCGCGCAGGCUGGGUCAGGGAAGGGCUCGAGAGAUGGCCGCGGCGCCAGGCGGAGAAGGCCCGGCUUCCGAGGCGGCAGGACCGGGCGGCGUCAACGUGUUCGCCAACGACGGUUCUUUUCUCGAACUGUUCAAGCGGCGCAUGGAGGAAGCCUCUGCGUCGGGAGGAAAGAGUGGACGAGAAAUGCCGAUCGCCGGAGCCGAGAAGCGGAAAGAGACCGAACCGCGGCCAGAGCCUCCCGGGGACCCAGAGCCACCGGGAAAGAAGCGGAGCGGGAGCGCCCUCAGCUUCGUGGGCAAGCGGAGAGGGGGCAGCAAGCUAGCCCUGAAGACAGGAAUGGUAGCCAAGAAACAAAAGACAGAGGAGGAGGUUUUGACAAAUAAAGGAGAUGCAUGGGCGAAAUAUAUGGCUGAAGUGAAAAAGUACAAAGCCCACCAGUGCAGUGAUGAUGAUAAAACCCGGCCUUUAGUGAAAUAACUUUUAUCUCCAGCCUGGACUGUCUGUGAUGUACAUAAUUAUUUAAAAUAUCAAAGGAGUAGUGCUGUCCCACAAGACUGAAUGCUGCCAUGGCAGCAGGAGACUUGCCAUACUUUUAUAUUUGAAAACUUAAGAGCCUCCUUCACUGAUUCGUUUAUUGUUUUCCCCUUCUUCUGAGAGCUAAGAACUUUGACUUAGUUGCCAGAUUUUUAAUUUGUAACACCCUCUCUCCAAAUAGUGGAAUUGGUCUGACAUUUCUUUCCCCAAAUCAUCAGGCAUCAGGCAUUCCUUUGCUGAUAAACCUUCAGCAUUGAGCCUUUGCUUAACUUUUUCUGUACCCCUGAACUUUUUACUAUAGUACAUGCUAAGAAGCCCUCUUUAUCAAAUUCAGUACCUUUUACUGCUGAAGAUAAAUUUAAAAUAUGGUUGCAAAUAGUAGGUACUGCAGACUGUAAUAAUUCCAGAGCUUGAAGUAAUCCCUCUCUUCACUAUGAAAGACAAAUGAAUCUGGAUCUCUUGAUACGUUUAAUGUCUGACUGUUCUGUAGUUGCAUUUUUGCCCGUAUUGUUCUCUUCCCUUACUUCAAUUUCACUGCAUAUUGCAGCGAAUUAUGGAGUUUUGUAUUUAAUUCCAGCUGCUGCUUAAGUUUUUUCCUAGUCUUUUCCUAUGCAUGCUCCAAAUCUAAUACUGGGGGGUAUCCUGUGCCUGUCUACUAUCUAAGAAGCAAAAUGCUUGGUCUGUUUUUGUACCAAGUAUUAUAUAUUUGAGAAAAAUCACUAAAAUUACCUUAGGUGCUCUCUGCAAUGAAUUCUAGAUACUAUAAUUUUAACCUUUGACUGCUCCUAUGCUUUACUCCCAGGUGUUAUGAGCAGAGGUCCUUGGCUCUGAAAGCAAAAGCUUAGGGCUGUAGCCAUUGUAUUGAUAAUGGCUUUUUGCAUGCAUGGGACCUAUGCUCUUUUACCACUUGUUUACAUAUGCUGAGUUUGAUUUUUUUAAUACUUUCCAUAAAAUACUGUUGAAAUGGAAAGCACCUGAUGUGCAUUGGACACUGAAAUUGAGCAGGGCAAUUUCAUAUAAGGGCUUCUGGUACAAUCCCAACAAUCGAGUUCAAGUCAGGAAACACUAAUGAGAACUUCUGUUUUCUGGCUGGCAUAGAGAAGCUAUUUUUUGUUGUGGGAUUGGGUUUCACUUCUAAAUGUUAUCCAGUUUGUGCCAUUUUCUCUUAAUAGAUUGGGCUGGUUUUUGAGCUGCACUAUUAAUGUGAUAUUCACAAAGAUGGAUUUGUACUCUGGAGAAAAACAAACUAAGGUUUGAUCUCACUGUUUGGGUCUAUUUUUCCCUUCUUCAAUCAUCAUUGUUCAUCACUGGACCAGAUCUAUUAAAUACAUUUCUGCCUUGAAAAGGCCAUUGGUUUCCACAUUAUCUUCGGCCUUUGGGUAAUGCAUUUGAAGAACAAUGCUUUCUUUAUAUCAGGGUUCUUUAAGCAUUUUUGCUGGAAUUUCACAUAAAACAUCUGAGUGCUCUUUAGUGUAACUAAGAACUCUCAUUGCAUAACAGGUUUUACAUGCACAAUGAGCAUGUAGGAACUAUUUCUGAAUAUGGUAAGGGAGUGGUUAGAUGAAACAAAAAUUCUGUUUUUGCCUCUCAUAAUAUGAGAUUGCUGUUAAAACACCAGAAAAAAAUAAAGAUUUAGUAUUUUAUUUUCAGCCUCCUGUAAAGUGAUGCCAAUUUUCUUCUUUGUUAUAUACUCGAUCAGGCUUGCGACUUCAUUGCUUUUGACCUCUACAGCCCAGAUUAGAGUACUAAUCAUCCUUAAUACAGUAAUAUUUUUUAAAUAAUAGAAUUGUGUUGUGGGUAUUUGUUGGUAUAUGUUUCCCAUAUAUAUAUUUUCUAGAUAGCAUUAUUUAAACAUGCAAAGUCAUUAAAACUCUACUAGGUAUAACCAUAGCAUCCAGAUUUUCUUUUGCUUAUGUGUUGAUAAGAAUUCUUUAAAUACACAUGACACUGAACAAUAGUUAUCAGAAGGUUGAAAGCUAAAUGAGUUGUUCUGCACUUAAAAUGAUUAGAAUUGUUUUCCAUAAAUAUGCAUUGUAAAGUUAGAGAAAAUGGAUUAUUUUUCUUAUAGUAAUUGUGCAGCCAAAAAAAAAUAUUUCUAAACUGUCAUGGUUUGCACAUGCAGACACUACUAGGUUCAUGCAUUGUGCUAAGCCCGAAUGAGACAGCCCAUGUUAAAGCUUACCAUAUUGCAUAAACAGUUAUAAUUACAUAAUGCAAAAAAUGGCAUUUCUGUCUAUAAACUAGUGAAAUGUUGUAUUUUGCUUUCAGUUAAUGAAAAAAACAAGAUGCAUUUGCCUUUUUCUGAGUUAUAUUUACCAUAUUUUUGAAAAAAAAUAGCAGUUAAUGGAAUAGGUAAAAACCAUAAUAAGUGGAGCAUGAAAACAGUUCCUUUCACAGUACACAAGCUGUUGCUCAUAUUUUCCAGAAGUUCUUUGACUAUUGCAUGUACUUUGUAUUUUGAAAUAUAUCUUUUACUAAAUGAUAGUCACUGCUGUUCAGAAAUAACUUCAUUUUUACUGCCCAAGCUAUUUUCAUAUCAAAGUUACAAUUUUGGGUUAUAUUACUAGGUUUAAUCAAUCAUAUAAGCCACAUGGAAUUGAUCCUCUGUUCUGUGGAUUUUUUUUCUUUUUAUGAAGUAAACAGUAAUUACCUUACCAAGUGAUUCUUUGGGAUAGAAAAAAGAAGUUAUUGAUAACACUUCUCAAGUGAUAGUCCCUUAUAGUAGACCGCCCAUCUUUUGCA